AUGGCUCAAACACUAUCAGAAUAUCAUGCAACAAACUAUUCAAGAUGUGUUCUAGAUUAUCAUUUUCUUGCCACGUGGCAAGGUUUAGCCUAUGCGAGCCAUAUAAUUCAAGCCAUAUCUCUCCCCUUUCAAGUUCUCACUUUUUAUGUGAUUUUGAGUCAUACCCCGGUUCAUAUGAAGGGUGUCAAAUGGUCGAUAGUAAUGAAUCAUUUUUGGUGCACGCUCCUAGAUUUUAUUAUCUGCAUGCUAUCCACCCCAUACGUAUUUCUGCGUUUUCUGGCAUUUUUGGGGGUUGGAGUUUUUAGUUGGUUGGGGAUUCCGUAUUUGUAUCAAUUGUAUGUGGCGAUUUUUAUUGCUUUUUGUGCCUCUGGGUCUUACAUCUAUUUAUUCGAGAGUCGGAGUAACUCAGUCCUGGAAAACCGAUUCAAAUUCACUCAAACUCAAAAUCGAAUUCUAUAUCAUCUUCUAAUAUUUAUUUCUGAUCUACCUCUAUAUCUUUUGUUUUUAAAUGUCCCCGUAAAUCAAGAGGAAGCUAAGCUGGAAGUUCUCAAGUUGGACCCAUGCCCCACCUCGGAAUACUUCUUCGCUGACGUUCUUCUUAUCACAUCUGAUGCCACAACAAUCCAUUUUUUCACUUGGGUCCUCAUCCCAUUAUUACUAUUCCACUCCCUAUCUCAUGUCUUAUUCCAUGCCACAUGUACAGUAUACUACAUUUUCAUUGCUCCUUCGAAAUCAACAUCAGCACAUACUCGUCAAAUUCAACGGCAGUUUUUUAUCGGCCUAAUUUUUCAAACCGGUAUCCCUGUUGUUCUCCUGGUGGCUCCAAUUUCAUAUUCGAUCAUGGCGUUUCUUCUGGAUAAUUUGGAUCAGGAAUGGAUGAAUUUGGCAGUUAUCAUAUCUGGACUACAUGGGUUUGGAGAGAGUUUAGUGGUCAUAUUAGUGCAUAGUUCAUAUCGAAAUGCAGUUUGGCGGAUGAUUCCAAAGUUUGGAAGAGAUGAAAAAGUUGUGUUUACGAGGAAAAUGUCGAAACCUUUGUCUAGGCUGUGA